GAGGAACCUGAGCUCACAAUGAGGGAGGUGGAGGCUUAAAUCACUUCCUGGAAUUCUGGACCCUGGAAACUGGCACAGGUUGGAGACUACACAUUGGCUCUGGCCACAGAUGGGGUUCCCCACGAGCCCAUGGGGCCUCCUCAGUCAUUUCCUGACUUUCCACCUCCUCCGGCUGGGAUCAGCGGAGUUCAGAGUGGUGGGACCAGGCCGACCUCUCCUUGCCACCAUGGGGCAGGACGUCGUGCUGCCGUGUCACUUGUCCCCAGAGGUGGACGCUCAGAGGUUGGAGAUCAGGUGGAUCCGGUACCUGGUCUCUGAAACGGUGCACCUCUACCAACACGGAGCAGACCAGUAUGGUGAGCAGAUGAAGGAAUAUGCUGGAAGGACAGAGUUGGCCAGAGAUGGUCUCUCCCGUGGGAGCCUGGACUUGCGAAUCUCUGGGUUGAGACCCUCUGAUGAUGGCCAGUACGUCUGCACUGUGCAAGAUGCUGCCUCUUAUGGAGAAGCUGUGGUGGAGCUGAAGGUGGCAGCCAUGGGCUCUGUCCCUCUCCUCUCUCUGGAGGCUUACGAGGACGGAGGCAUCCGGGUGGUGUGUCGAUCGGCCGGCUGGUACCCAACACCGGAGAUGCUGUGGAAGGAUGGCAGUGGACAGCAUCUCCCCUCAGUCUCCCUGAGACGUUCCCCGGAUGAGAGGGGCCUCUUUGAGAUCCAAGAUGUCAUCAUUGUGAGCGGGAAGGGAGAUGGGAAGGUGUCGUGCAUGGUGAGGAACAGCCGCCUGGAGCAGGAGCAGGCGUCGUCCCUGCACAUCUCAGCUCCCUUUUUCCACAAUGCCCGUCCCUGGAUGGCAGCUCUGGGUGUGCUCCUCGUGCUUUCAGUGGUGUCCGCUGCCCUCAGUGCUUACCUCUUUCGAAGGAAAGCGGAGUUCAGAGUGGUGGGACCAGGCCGACCUCUCCUUGCCACCAUGGGGCAGGACGUCGUGCUGCCGUGUCACUUGUCCCCAGAGGUGGACGCUCAGAGGUUGGAGAUCAGGUGGAUCCGGUACCUGGUCUCUGAAACGGUGCACCCCUACCAACACGGAGCAGACCAGUAUGAUGAGCAGAUGGAGGAAUACAUUGGAAGGACAGAGUUGGCCAGAGAUGGUCUCUCCCGUGGGAGCCUGGACUUGCGAAUCUCUGGGUUGAGACCCUCUGAUGAUGGCCAGUACGUCUGCACUGUGCAAGAUGCUGCCUCUUAUGGAGAAGCUGUGGUGCAGCUGAAGGUGGCAGCCAUGGGCUCUGUCCCUCUCCUCUCUCUGGAGGCUUACGAGGACGGAGGCAUCCGGGUGGUGUGUCGAUCGGCCGGCUGGUACCCAACACCGGAGAUGCUGUGGAAGGAUGGCAGUGGACAGCAUCUCCCCUCAGUCUCCCUGAGACGUUCCCCGGAUGAGAGGGGCCUCUUUGAGAUCCAAGAUGUCAUCAUUGUGAGCGGGAAGGGAGAUGGGAAGGUGUCGUGCAUGGUGAGGAACAGCCGCCUGGAGCAGGAGCAGGCGUCGUCCCUGCACAUCUCAGCUCCCUUUUUCCACAAUGCCCGUCCCUGGAUGGCAGCUCUGGGUGUGCUCCUCGUGCUUUCAGUGGUGUCCGCUGCCCUCAGUGCUUACCUCUUUCGAAGGAAAGUGGUGCUGUCCCGAGUGCUGGGGAAACGAGGUGCAGAACUGGAGGAACAAAGUGCACUCUUGGAGCAACGAGAUGCAGCACUGAAGCAACGAGAUGCAGCACUGGGGGAACAAGCUGCACUUUUGGAAGAACAAGAUGCAGCACUGAGGCAACAAGCUGCACUUUUGGAGCAACGAGAUGCAGCACUGAAGCAACGAGAUGCAGCACUGGGGCAACAAGCUGCACUUUUGGAGCAACGAGAUGCAGCACUGAGGAAUCGAGAAGCAAAAUUGGAGCAACGACCUGCAGCACCGGGCAUGGGGAACCUGGGUCCAAACAUGUCUGAUCCUGAACCUCGGAUGAAGUCUAUGAAACAUGCAAGAAGGGAAAGGAUACAGAAGAACCUGCCUUACCACAAGAAAUUUAGUUCUAAUUACUGAUUGCUGGGCUGGGAGGGGUGCUGGAAUGGGAGGCACUGCUGGAAGGUGGAGGGGGAGGUGGGAGGUGAUUCGCGGUGGGCUGUUGGGUUGGCCACAGAGUUUCUGGAGCGGAAGGGGUCUCUGAACCCAAAGCCUGAGGAGAGAUCUGUGCUGUUAGGCACAGGAAAGGCCAGUUCAUGGCUCCCACCUCUACUCCCAUCCCCCUGUCCCAGUCCGUGCUCCCCAGGAAGAUUUGGGUCUUACUGGAGUGGGCUUGGGGGCUGGUGACUUUUCCUCAAUACCGACACUGGGAUCGAGAUCUUCACUUUCCCACCAGCCUCGUUCCACAGGGAGACCCUGCACCCCUGGUUUUGAGUGGAGACAAGGAAAACCCAGCUGUGCCUCAGCGACAGCACCUCCUACAUGUUCUCCUCCCCUUCCACCGUCUCAGUAGCCUCCAGCAACCCCGGCCCUUCUCCAGAGACUCCUCGCUCUUCUCUCCUGGAUCCUGCAGGAGAUGUGCCUCUCUUUGCCCCAGCCGUAGGAGAAGAUGGGGAGUGAGGGGCAGGCACAUGGGCUGCUGUGGGGUCUCUGAGCAGCCGGGGGUGUCCUCAUUUCAGCUUGGAUGGAGUUAUUUUUCUUUCUAGUAACUGCUGAUGUUUGGAUUUAGUGUGAGAAUGCCAUUGGUCACAAAUAUAUUUAUACGUGGCUGAGAAAUGUUCACUUCAGUCCAGAACUUUUCCAGCUUUCCCUCGCAGCUGAGAGGGAGCACGGCCAGGAUGAGGCAUCCAAAGGGAUAUUCCACCCCACAGACAUCCUGCUCGGGACAGAGACAGAGGCUGCCGGGGGCCUGGGACCCUCCCGCUGUGCUGGGGAUGGGCUGGGGAAUCAGUCCUCAGGUGCUGAGGGCAAAUGCUCUUGUAUCCCUUUAUUUUGUAUAUUUUGUUACAAUUAAGAAAGAUA